UAAGUUAGGCAAAGCCAGGGCUGACCAAAUCUAGUGCCGGGGAUGGUCCUGCUUCAAGUGGUCGGCUGAGCCAGUGAUCUCCAGAGCCCCUUCCAACCGGCAGUUCUAUGACCGCCAAGGAUGCAGUCUACACUCAAGCUAGGUACAGGUGUGAUACUUGCAGGUCCAAACAACCUGGACAUUGGUCAUCUCCUGACGCUAAACUUAUGAAGCUUAUGGCUUCAUUCUGCCAUUUCUUGGUCAGUCCAUUCAUUCUGUUCCUUGAAGACUUUUAUUCCCAGUUUGCUAACAGAAUAUCUUCCAGAGUAACCCAGCAGUGGUUGUGCUAUGGGCUGUUGUGUCUGUUUUGGGCCCCCAGAUCCAAUCCCCUCUUGGUCUGUAGAGCUUGCUGCAUUUUUGCUUUGAUGCUGAGUUGCGUCUUUGAGACGUGCCUCUGGUUAAUAUUCCAGGGGCAGCAUCCCCUCAAAGCCAAUCCCAAGGACUCUGCAACCAGUGUGAUUUUUUCUUGAUUGGUGCAUUCAGUGUCCACUUAGCUCUCCCCUCCCAAACAGGAAGCGACAAAGCAAGGCUGUUACUGAAUUGAAUAGAAGGAAGUCUCCACACUUACGCAAAGAAAUUUGGCAGAAGUUAGAUAGCGAGUGAAACAACAAGUGCUGCUGCAGCGAUUGUAGAAAUUGCAGAACCUGGUAGCUGUCUGGGGAAGAAUUACAAAGCUUUCUGUGAAGGAUUAAUUCUUCCAAACCAUUGCUUUGCAUGUAGGCACACCUCCGAUCAGCACCCCACGUCGCUCUGACUCUGCUAUCUCCGUCCGUUCAUUGCACUCUGAGUCCAACAUGUCCUUGCGCUCGACGUUCUCACUUCAUGAGGAAGAGGAGGAGCCAGAGCCACUGGUGUUUGCUGAACAACCGUCUGUGAAGCUGUGCUGCCAACUGUGCUGUAGUGUGUUUAAGGAUCCAGUCAUCACAACCUGCGGGCACACAUUUUGUAGAAGAUGUGCCUUAACAUCUGAGAAGUGCCCUGUGGACAAUGCCAAACUGACCGUAGUGGUUAACAACAUCGCGGUGGCCGAGCAGAUUGGGGAGCUGUUCAUUCACUGCAAAUAUGGUUGCCGGGCUGCAGCCAGCAGCAAGCCCGCUGCUUUCGAGGUGGACCCCCGUGGAUGCCCGUUUACAAUUAAACUGAGUGCCAGGAAAGAUCAUGAAAGCAGCUGUGAUUACAGGCCGGUUCGCUGCCCCAAUAACCCCAGCUGCCCACCUCUCCUCAAAAUGAAUCUGGAGGCACAUCUCAAAGAGUGUGAACACAUAAAAUGUCCCCACUCCAAAUACGGGUGUACAUUCAUAGGAAAUCAGGACACCUAUGAGACCCACUUGGAGACUUGCAAGUUUGAGGGUCUGAAGGAGUUCUUGCAGCAGACAGAUGACCGCUUCCAUGAGAUGCAAGUGGCAAUGGCCCAGAAGGACCAGGAAAUUGCCUUCCUGCGCUCCAUGCUGGGAAAGCUCUCAGAGAAGAUCGACCAGCUGGAGAAAAACCUGGAGCUCAAAUUUGAUGUGCUGGAUGAGAACCAGAGCAAGCUGAGCGAGGACCUGAUGGAGUUCCGCAGGGACGCCUCCAUGCUGAAUGAUGAGCUUUCCCACAUUAAUGCUCGACUCAACAUGGGCAUCCUCGGAUCUUACGACCCUCAGCAGAUCUUCAAAUGCAAGGGGACCUUUGUGGGACACCAGGGCCCUGUGUGGUGCUUGUGCGUUUAUUCCAUAGGAGACUUGCUCUUCAGUGGCUCUUCAGACAAAACCAUUAAGGUGUGGGAUACCUGUACCACAUACAAGUGCCAAAAGACCUUGGAGGGUCACGAUGGAAUUGUACUGGCUCUCUGCAUCCAAGGGAACAAGCUGUACAGUGGCUCUGCUGACUGCACCAUUAUUGUCUGGGAUAUUCAAAACCUGCAGAAAGUGAACACGAUCCGAGCACAUGACAAUCCUGUUUGCACUUUGGUCUCCUCGCACAACAUGCUGUUCAGCGGCUCUCUCAAAGCCAUCAAGGUCUGGGAUAUUGUGGGUACUGAACUCAAGCUGAAGAAGGAACUGACAGGUCUCAAUCACUGGGUGCGAGCGCUGGUGGCUUCUCAAAACUAUCUCUACAGCGGAUCUUACCAAACAAUCAAGAUCUGGGACAUCCGGAACUUGGAGUGUGUCCAUGUGCUGCAGACAUCAGGAGGCAGCGUCUACUCCAUCGCUGUGACAAACCACCAUAUUGUGUGUGGCACCUAUGAGAACCUCAUCCAUGUCUGGGAUAUAGAGACAAAGGAACAAGUCCGCACGCUGACCGGUCAUGUGGGUACGGUCUAUGCCCUGGCUGUCAUUUCCACGCCGGAUCAAACCAAAGUCUUCAGUGCAUCAUACGACCGGUCUCUCAGGGUGUGGAGCAUGGACAACAUGAUCUGUACUCAGACUCUGCUGCGACACCAGGGCAGCGUCACUGCCCUCGCGGUCUCCAGGGGCCGCCUCUUCUCCGGCGCCGUGGACAGCACUGUAAAGGUCUGGACGUGCUAGUGAGAGUACCACGCUAGUCCUGCACACUGAAAGA